AUGCACAUGGACGACGAAAGUGAUGUGCUCCGCAACGUCGCUGCUGACGGUGCGGUGGAAGAAGGCCAGUGGCCGGCGCUGCGAGCCGACAUCCUCGCUCGGCUGGACAAGAUUGCCCGCAACGAAUUCCCCAUACCGAACCUCAGGCCGCCACCGUCCCUCCCUCGACUCCCCUCCGCCCCCCCCUCGUCAUCUUUUCCACCUUCCUCCGAAGAGGCGGACAAGGAGAACGCGCCGGCGCGGAAGCCGUCUCGCCGGACCAAACCCCUCAAGCCCCUCGCGCCGGGCGAGCUUCCCAAGCCGAUCGCCGACCUCCUCGACGACGUCAAGGCCCACCUCGAGACCUUUGACACGCAUGCGCCGCACACGAUCCAACGCCUCGCCGAGCUCGUCCUAAGACCCCGCGCCCACUACAAGGCACUGGCGUCGUACCUGCACGCCGUCGAUCGCGUCGCUCAAGUCACCUCCGGCACCGACGUCUUCCCCCUGCCGCCCGCGGUCCCGGACCUGUCGGCGAUGAAUGUCGGCGCUGAGGAGGCCAAGGAUCCCGCGACGACGGUGACGUGGAGCAACCCGACCACGGCCCCGCUCGGCUCGGACGAGGCCCUGGGAGGCGCCCUCCUGACGCCUAUUCCGUGGCUUGCCAGGAGUAGCCCGGAGAGCAACGACGAGGGCCCGAGCGCCGGCGCGCAGAUUCACAGCGAGGGCACCGAGACCAUCGAUGGCCCCAACGGCAUGGGCAGCAUCGAGACCGUGUCCGUCAGCGUCAACGGUGUGCCUUCCACAGGCCACGCGAGGGGUGUGACGCAGGGUGAACUGCUUCGCCAGGAACAACGAGCCGGUGUCGUUCCCGUCACCCAGCUGUCUCGCAACCAAGAAUCGCCUGACGGCGAUGACGAUGGGGACGGCGACGGCGGCGGUGGCGACGGCGGCGACGGCGAGUUGGACGACGACGAGGACGAAGUACCUCAUGCGCGCGGCCCCGAGGAGAUUGGUGUCAACGAUACCGGCCCGCAGGUCUCGUCUGCGAGCGCCGCCAUGGGCGAGGAGGGAUUCGACACGCACAGCAUCGACGUCGAAGCCGCCGUGGGUAGGAAGCAGCACUUGGAUGACUUCUCGCUGCAUGACGCCAUCGUCAAGCCAGAACAUGACCCAGACUCGAGCCCCGCCGCUGCGGAAAGCUCGGCGUUGAAACGGGGCGCCGAUCAGAAGCUGGAGAGCGGGUCGCCGAAGAGGUUCAAGGAGGGCGAGGAGGAAGCGGCGGCGGAGCUGCCUGGCGCAGCCCACGGCGUCGAGGAGGCUUCGGCCUAUUCCGAGGCCCCGCCGUAG